AUCCCAGACUGUGAUAAUAUCCCCAUGCAGCGCCGAGAGGAGUCAGAGCUAAGUCGCGGGCUCCUUUCACAUCUGCAAGGGCUGCCAGCCCGGGCUGCACACUCGGCCCGCGUUUCUUAUGGGCGGCUGCUGGAGGCCGGCUGCGGUCCAGCUGAGCGCGGCAGCGGGAGACCAAACUUAGACCCCGCUGUGGACUCUACCAGCCAGAGAAAGAGAGAAGGGACCCGAGGAGGAGGCUUCCAUCACGUCAUUGCAGAAUAGAAGGCACGGAGUGAACCUCUAGCCUGAUUCACCCUAGAUAAUUAAAGCUGUUAGCGUGCGUUCUGGGGCCACAAGGUUUAUUCACCUAUUGGAUUACCCGUGGGUGUAAAGCGAGGACCUUCAAACUUGACCGAUGUUCUGGAAGCUGUCCCUGUCCUUGUUCCUGGUGGCCGUGCUGGUGAAGGUGGCGGAGGCCCGGAAGAACCGGCCCGCGGGGGCCAUCCCCUCGCCUUACAAGGACGGCAGCAGCAACACCUCGGAGAGAUGGCAGCACCAGAUCAAGGAGGUGCUGGCCUCCAGCCAGGAGGCCCUGGUGGUCACCGAGCGCAAGUACCUCAAGAGUGACUGGUGCAAGACGCAGCCGCUGCGGCAGACGGUGAGCGAGGAGGGCUGCCGGAGCCGCACCAUCCUCAACCGCUUCUGCUACGGCCAGUGCAACUCCUUCUACAUCCCGCGGCACGUGAAGAAGGAGGAGGAGUCCUUCCAGUCCUGCGCCUUCUGCAAGCCGCAGCGCGUCACCUCCGUCCUCGUGGAGCUCGAGUGCCCCGGCCUGGACCCCCCCUUCCGACUCAAGAAGAUCCAGAAGGUGAAGCAGUGCCGGUGCAUGUCCGUGAACCUGAGCGACUCGGGCAAGCAGUGAGCGCGGCGGGACGCAGCCCGCCCUGCGCGCCCCGCCCGGCCGCCG